UACACAAAGGGUUGAAAAUUUAUCAAAGAACAAACCUCUGGUAGGCAGCGAGCGAUCGCGUGGAAUCUUGGGACUUGUGCUGAUGUGGUAAGACCCAGGAGGGGAGGGAGGAAAGGAUUACAGCUGUGAAACCCCUAAAAUACCCAACGUGUAAUAAUUGUACCAACAAAAUAUAGUGUCCGGUGAAUCGGCCUUAUAAAGAAAAAACCACAAUAAUAUCUUGUUAGUUCCUACUUUUAUCUUUGCUUUGACUCACAUACCCACACCGCCACGGGGGCCCCGCCUCCUACCCGACCCGUCAGGUUGCAGUCCUUGGAAGCCUUAAUGAUUUCAUCAGGAUGUCUUCUUCACAACUUGACCGGCCUGUUGUGUCUACGGACUGGCUGAAUAAAGAACUCAAAAACACCAAAGGUGGCUUGGCAGUCCUAGACACCACAUGGUUCAGUGAUAAGGAUGCUUGCAGUGGUUUCUCAAAGAAACAUAUCAUCCGUGCUUCAUAUAUGGACAUGUUCUUUGGAGUGGAGAAUACUCCCUUAUAUCCUAGGAAUAUUCCAGAUGUCUCAACAUUUCAAAUGAAUGCCAGAGGCAGUGCAGUGAAUAACAGAGACCAUGUUGUCAUUUAUGAAAACACAGGAAGGUUUGGAUACUUCAUGGGUGCAAGAGCUUGGUGGAUGUUCAAGCUGUUUGGUCAUGAAAAUGUUUCAGUGCUGGAUGGAGGACUGGAGAGGUGGACUGCUGAUGGCUAUGAAACAACAGAUAUGAUGAUCAAAAAACGGGAAGGAGAUUUUACAGCAAAGUUCAACCCAAAAUGGAUCAAAAAGUUUGAUGAAAUGCAAGAGAAUCUUGCAUCACGUAAAGCACAAGUUUGCGACAGCCGUCCUCAUGCUACUUUUAACCAUUCACCAGAUGAUCCAAAGUCUGGCCACUACCCAGGUGCAGUAAACAUUCCAUUUCCAAGCCUGUUUAACCCAGACACCAGGACUCUGAAGACUGUUGACGAGCUCAAGAAAGUUUAUUGUGAUGCUGGAAUUGAUCUCAGUAAACCAGUAAUUGGCAUGUGUAAUGGAGGAAUGUCAUCUUGCACUUUGGUACUCACGGCUCAUCUGUGUGGAUGUCCUGAUGUGGCCCUGUAUCAUGGAGGUUUCAGAGAGUGGAAAGAAAGAGCUGACUCAAGCCAAAUAGAAUGAUAUGCCAGUGUUCAGCUAGUGAAACAAUCCCUAUGUUGUGUACUAAAGGAUGGGACUGGUAACUAGCUCUCAGUUAAGAGGAUUGGGACUACUGACCACGGCAAUGCUGGCUUAGUAGCACUCAAAUGGCUGACAAAGGGGGGACAGUAACCAUGACAACCAAACACAUGUAUUUUUCACCACUGCACUUCGACGUUCUUUCAAUUGGGAGAAUUUAGUGACCUGAAUCGAAGUUAUCAAUUAAGGUGCACAAGGUCCACAACAUGAUAUUUCACCACCAUACACUGAUAUUUUUU